CCGAGCGGCACCGGCCGCUGCGCGGGCGCCGGGAGGAGCGCGCCGGGGCCGCCGAGAGGCGAUGGCGAGGCGAGGGGCUCCCUCACCAACCAAGCGCAAGGACAGGUCUGAAGAGAAGUCAAAGGACCGGUCCAAGGAUAAAGCAGCCACUAAGGAAUCAGGUGAAAAGGAUCGUGGUCGGGACAAGACACGCAAAAGACGCAGUGCUUCCAGCGGAAGCAGCAGUACCAGAUCCCGUUCCAGYUCAACUUCCAGCUCAGGGUCUAGUUCCAGCACUGGUUCUAGCAGUGGCUCAAGCUCCUCUUCUGCCUCGAGCCGCUCUGGGAGCUCCAGCACCUCACGCAGUUCCAGUUCCAGCAGCUCCUCUGGAUCUCCCAGUCCCUCUCGACGGAGACAUGACAACAGGAGACGGUCCCGCUCCAAGUCCAAGCCACCCAAGAGAGAUGAAAAGGAGCGGAAGAGGCGGAGCCCAUCACCCAGACCCACAAAAGUUCAYGUUGGAAGGCUCACUAGAAAUGUGACCAAGGAUCACAUAAUGGAAAUUUUUUCCACUUAUGGAAAGAUUAAAAUGAUUGACAUGCCAGUUGACAGGCUAAACCCACACCUCUCGAAAGGUUAUGCUUAUGUGGAGUUUGAGAACCCAGAUGAUGCUGAGAAAGCCCUGAAACACAUGGAUGGAGGCCAGAUCGAUGGUCAGGAGAUCACGGCCACAGCUGUGCUGGCACCACGGCCUCGGCCACCUCCCAGACGCUUCAGCCCCCCCAGGAGGAUGCUGCCACCACCGCCGAUGUGGCGCAGGUCACCCCCUCGCAUGAGGAGAAGGUCCCGGUCUCCUCGACGCAGAUCCCCUGUUCGCCGGCGAUCCCGAUCCAGGUCUCCUGGACGAAGGCGCCAUCGCAGCCGCUCCAGCUCAAACUCCUCAAGAUAAAGCAAAAGGACUGGACAGCUUUUUACUUUUUAACUUAAAUCCCAUCAAAUGAAAUAUUGUACCUUUUUUUUUAUAAUCAGUGUGGUUGAGGAGGAGUGAGAAAUAAUCCUGGCAGUGAAGGCAUCAUAAGAGGAGAGAGCACCUGUUCAUGGCCAGGAGCCUUUGCUGUGAGGCUUGUGGAUUCCUGGCAUUGAAUUGAAAUAAUUUUAAAAUGGCUUCGAUUUUAAAGGCUGUAAAAACAUCUUUUCUGGAUAGAGCGAAGGAAAAACAUUUCAGCCUCUCUUUCUCCAGUUAACAGCUGCUGCUUGGUGAUUGUAAACGCUUAGCACGCUGUGCAGACCAGCAUGUAAACCUUGAGCUAUUUCAGAGCCCCAGUAAGACAAGGUGGCACAUACCUUGAUCUCCAGGUGCCAGCACAGGAUUUUUCUAGGCAGCUGAAGCCCAGAUCUGCCUGAGACUUAAUUCAGUACAGAGUURUUGCUUUAUUCCAGUUCCCCCACAUGAUUAGUUUUUGCAGAGUAAGCGCUUCUGUAAUGCUUAUACCAGGCAAUCACCACAGAAACAACAGUCCAGCCCAGUGAACAUGGCGCUAUAGAGAACAACCUGGAAAUCCUAAGUAUUCUAUAGCUGUCCCCUUAAGUGAUUUCUUUMACCUUUUCUUUGAGGGUAUUGGUAAAAACUUCCUAUUCAGCCCACAGUGAGACAGUGUGAUGCUUUUACAAAUUCCAAAUGAGCAACUCUGCGCCAGCCCCCUGGAAACUGCAAGGCAGAGAGGGAGGCUUCAGGCSAAAAUGCUGACUAAUUAACUGGGAUUCACACAGAGAAAGGCAAAGAAUUUUAACAGCUGUUGUACAGUCAAUACUAUAUAGAUUUUUUUUUGUUUUGUUUUGUAUAACUUUGUAUCCUUUUGGGCCAUGUUGUGUUUGUACUUGUGUAGGACAAGCAAUUAUUGAAUAAAGCAGUAGGGUUGAGAAUA